AAUAUUGCCACUUGGUAUGCCAACAGCUAUUGUUAUAUGAGUGGUGAGAGCGCAUGUUGUUGCUUUCCCAGCCUUUUGUUCUCCUUACUUACACACACCGACUUCCACUUCCACUUAAUCGCUUCUCCUUCAUUUUUAGUUUAUGUGUUGAUUGCUAAAUAUGGAGCAUACGUGAUUGUUGAGGUUAAAACCUAAUAAAACUAAGCCAUGGAUGAAGAAUUGGUUCAUGCGGCAACUCCAUUAGAGACUGUUGAGGAUUCACAGCGCCAGAACAAAGAGGAUGAUCAAUAUUCAUCGAAAAUCGAAAGCCGAAGAAUCCUUAAGUCUCAACAAGUCUUUAUACCUGUUAAUCAGGACUACUCCCAAACACAACCAAGGGAAUAUGAUGAUAUUAUACAUGGUAAAAGUGUAGUUGAGGCUUUAAGCGAGGCAGCUACAUCACAACCUCCUUAUGCAAUGGUUGAAGAACUAACAGUAAAAAGUUACAAUGGUUCGACCUUCGAUAUCGGUACAUCAAACAACCAAGUGCAAAUGUAUAAUCAACAGAAACAUUGGCAGAAUCUUUAUCAGCUUGCUAAUAAUAAUUCAGGAAAUGGAAAUUCGGUAAGCGAUAUUGGGCUGGUAAAUAGUGGCCAGGGUACAUCUAGUGCUCGGGAGGAUAUUGGAUCUGCAGGCUUUCCCGAGCUGUUAGCUAGAAAAUCACACAGUGAUGGUCAGAGCAACGUCGUUGAACACUUGCCCGCUGCUGAAAGUAAAGAGGGUACAGGUGAUUUUCAUCGAGGAAUGCGGACAAAAAUGAUAUCCAAAUCGGGAUUUGCUGAGUAUUUUAUUAAAAAUACAUUGAAGAAUAAGGGUGUUGUACAUAAAGGUCCAUCUUCUGAUGGCUUCUAUGUUCAGUCUAGACAGCAAAAUCAGACAAAGGCUGGCAGUGAUGCUGAGCGGAAUCAGAUUAAAACUGGCAUUGGCGCAGAUCAGAAUCAGAUGAAGACCAGCAUUGGGACAGACCAGAAACAUACGAAGACUGGUAUCGGUGCUCAGUCAAACUCCAAUAUAUCAGUUAACUACGGUUCCAAAACUGCAACGUUUCCCUUUCAUAGUGAUGCUGCUGUUCCUAGAUCUAAUAUGACUGAAUGUAACGGUGUAACAUUGAGAGAAUGGUUAAAAUCUGGGCAGCGCAGAGCAGGCAAAGUGGAAAGUUUAAAUAUAUUUAGGAAGAUUGUGGAUUUGGUGGACGACUCUCACUCUCGGGGAAUUGCAUUGCAUAACCUGUGUCCAUCUUACUUUAAACUGUUACUAUCAAAUCAGGUCAUGUAUAUUGGGUUACCAACUCAAAAACAGAUGGCAGGCAGUGUUGUGAAUCCUGAAGUUCUUCAUUUGGAUAAUUCAUUUAUUAGAAAAAGGAUGUCUGAGGAAGUUACAUCAUCUUCUAUUGAUAUGGGGUCCAAGAAACAGAAAUUUAAUGAGAAUGUGAGGGUUACUGGGAGUGACUUGUGUCUUGAGACUGCUAAUCAUCAUGGAGUUCAAAUUCCUACAAUUGGUUCCCUAGAUUAUCAAAAUGAAUAUGAGGAAGAUAUCCAAUUUUCUGAGUAUGAUAUUGGGAGAAUGUCUGGCAUCCCUAGUGUAUCUAAUACAGGUCAAUUGCCAUCGACUUCUUUAUGUGAAAGAUUGGAAAAUAAGUGGUAUGCAAGUCCUGAGGGAGGUUGCACAACAUCAUCAAAUAUCUACUGCCUUGGUGUCCUCCUUUUUGAGUUACUAGGCCAUUUUGACUCUGAAAGAGGGCAUAUUGCAGCAAUGUCUGAUCUUCAUCAUAGGAUUCUUCCUCCAGUUUUCCUAUCAGAAAAUCCUAAGGAAGCUGGCUUUUGUCUUUGGCUGCUGCAUCCUGAACCAUCAUCACGUCCAACAACAAGGGAAAUGCUACAAUCUGAAGUAAUUAAUGGAUUACAAGAGUUGUGUAGUGAGGAAUUGUCGUCAUGUAUAGAUCAAGAAGAUGCAGAAUCGGAAUUGUUAUUGCAUUUCCUCGUCUCGUUAGAAGACCAGAAGCAGGGCGAUGCCUCCAAAUUGGCUGAACAGGUAGAGUGCUUGGAAGCAGAUAUAGAAGAGGCCAAAAGGCGGCAUGGCUUAAGAAAAUCUUUGGUUACCUCUGGCUUGCAGAACGAGAUUAUGCCUCUUAAAAAGGAACUUUUGAGUGUAGGAAUGCUGCCCACAUUAUCCCCAAUCUCUAAUACAAAUGAACUAAGAUUGAUGAGAAAUAUAGGCCAUCUUGAAAGUGCUUACUUUUCCAUGAGAUCCAAAGUUCAGCUUUCUGAAAUUGAUGCCACAGAUCACCCUGACAAAGAUAUACUAAGAACUCGUGAGAACUGGAAUGUGACCCAAAAAGGCGAGGAACAACAUAAAAGUAAAGAUGCUUUAGGAACCUUCUUUGAUGGUUUGUGCAAGUAUGCACGUUAUAGCAGGCUUGAAGUGCGGGGUAUACUAAGAAAUGCAGAUUUUAACAAUCCUGCAAAUGUGAUAUGCUCUCUGAGCUUUGAUCGGGAUGAAGAUUACUUUGCUUCUGCUGGGAUAUCUAAGAAAAUAAAAAUAUUUGAGUUUAGUUCACUUUGCAAUGACUCUGUUGAUAUCCAUUAUCCUGUUGUUGAGAUGUCAAACAGAUCAAAGCUCAGUUGUGUUUGCUGGAAUAACUAUAUUAAGAAUUAUCUUGCCUCUACAGACUACGAUGGUGUAGUGAAGUUAUGGGAUGCUAGUACAGGUCAAGAAUUUUCUCAAUACAGUGAACAUGAAAAGAGGGCUUGGUCUGUUGACUUCUCUCCGCUAUGCCCUACAAAAUUUGCCAGUGGAAGUGAUGAUUGUACUGUCAAGUUGUGGAGCAUCAGUGAGAAAAACUGUUUAGGCACAAUCAGGAAUGUUGCUAAUGUCUGCUGUGUUCAAUUUUCUGCUCAUUCCUCUCAUUUGCUGGCCUUUGGAUCUGCAAAUUACUCAACUUAUUGUUAUGAUCUUCGCAAUCUUAGAAGUCCCUGGUGUGUAUUGGUUGGCCAUCGUAAAGCUGUAAGCUAUGUCAAAUUCUUAGACUCUGAAACACUUGUUUCUGCUUCUACUGAUAAUACAUUAAAGAUCUGGGAUCUCAAUAAAACCUCUCCGGUUGGUGCAUCUACUAGUGCUCGCAGCCUAACCCUGUCUGGACAUACUAAUGAAAAGAAUUUUGUGGGUUUGUCUGUUGCUGAUGGAUAUAUUGCAUGUGGUUCAGAAACAAAUGAGGUUUACACGUACUAUAAAUCCAUUGGCAUCAUAUCUAUAUUUUCUUACAGGUUUACACGUACUAUAAAUCGCUUCCCAUGCCAAUUACUUCACACAAGUAUGGGUCUAUUGAUCCCAUCUCCGGUAAGGAGACUGAUGAUGACCACGGUCAGUUUGUUUCAAGUGUGUGUUGGAGAGGGAAAUCAGACAUGCUUCUUGCGGCCAAUUCAAGUGGAUGUAUCAAAGUGUUACAGAUGGUUUAAAGAAUGUUUUCCCUUGGUGAUGGCCCUCCUAAAGCUUUGCCCUUGCCACUCAGGCCAAUACCAUCAACUUUCCGAGGAUUGAAAGAAACUAUUUUGACAUGUUGAGCUCUGGUUUAAAAUUUGAUGCAGAAGGCCUUCAUAUCCACAAUUAUUGGAUGGAGAAAUAGAUUUGCAAUAUAAAUCCAGAUCUUCUUGAAAGUCGGAUUCAUUGCAAUGAGCUUAAGCAAUUUUCUGGGAUCAAUCUGGGAAGCAGAUCAAAUAUGGAAAAAGAUUGAGAGUUUGUAAUUGGAUCGGCAGAUGCUGAGUUGCUUCUGCACUCAAGUGUCUCUGCAAAGUGCUUGUCUGAGCCUAUGUAAAUUGUAUCGUGGUCCUUUCAUGUUUUUUUAUUCAUGGAAGACUAGCAGUUGCAGUUUUGUAGGAAGAAAUUAUUGUUCAUCAAAUCAUAAAACAAAUUCACCACCAUAAAGGAAAAGCAUGUAAUUUCACAUGUAACACUUCUCUCCUGUUUUUGUCUCUUGGGGUGGCGCACCUCGCACUCAAUGGUUGUACAUAUUUACGGGAUGUUACCGUGACAAUAUUGAUUUUAGGUUGUUAUAUGAAUGAAUGUAAAUGCAGUGGCCUUGGAGCAAGGUUUUUCUUUUAUUUAGCAGAAAA